GAGAAUGUGUCGGAAAGAAGAAAAACUUUCCUUAUCAACGCCACAGACCCAUGGCCGCUCCAAAUCCCCCCUUUUAUCUUUGAUCACGGUCGACCGCAGUUUUUUGGGUGGGUUGGAGCGAGAUGCCAUUCGUUCGUUCAAUUACUCUCCUCCUUGAUCUUCUGGGCUCAUAAACACUUGGCUAAUGGUCGCCGAGCCCAAUUUCCAAUCGAUCCACAGUCGUUCCAAAAGGACCACGACUGGACCAGCCAGACAGCGGGGGACGAAAAUGGCUCAAUUGCCUCGAACUCGACAAAUGGCCUCAUCGCCCUCUCAGAACAACAAUCGACGGACCGGAAUGUGGGAAGGAAUGCUGUUUGUUCUGGUUCUCCUGCUCCAAUCCACGCCCCACGAUGCGGCCACGAGCUGCCCGUUGUUGCCCAAUCCGUUCCCGUUCAGCAAAGACAUGAUUCUUCACGAGUUCAAUGCCUCGACGGAGACCUUGUUCCUCGACCUGACGGACAUUGUGUACAAGUUUUGCAACGACCAGAUCUACAACGCGUCCUCCACGUUUGGACACUUCCAAUUGGAUCUGAUUCAAACCCAACGGAAGAAGGUCAAAGACUGUCCCACAGACUUGAUGCUAGCCUCUGAUCGAAAGAUGAGCCUCCAAGCGUCCGUGGAUCUGGAGGCCAAUAAUGUGCUCACCAUCUUUCAAUACGUACAGGGGAGGUACUUUCUACGACUCAAGGCUUGUGAGACGGAGGGGCCACCCUGUGAAGUGGUGUCCUGCAGUCAGCCCCUGGAUCUAGUCCCAGAUGUGCCCCAGAACCUCAGGGUGUGUGAGAAUGGGCCCGGGGAAGUGAGUGCAUUCGACUUGCAAGAUGUGUCCCAAGUGUUGGAUUUUCACAGCUGUAGUGUGAUGAUCAGUGCGUUCGUGCCGCUCUGCACCGCCUAUCAGAGCUAUGCCAAGGCCAAGGUGUUCACCGUUGAGAUUGACUCGCCGGGAGAGCACUGCGACUUGAGCAUCUUCCUCGGUGACAAGCCCAAGGACAAUACCACCAUUGACGUGAACUUCUGCAAUAAGUCCGACCACGAUUUGUGUAACGCCACCAUCAUUGGCCGGCGAGUCCAAUAUGGCGUCCUCCGUCACCACCUCUACGACCUCUCUCGCAAUUCCAGUUACUGCCUAUUCUACCAACUGGACAACCCACAUUGCCAGCCCAGAGGGGAGAGCAGCUCGAUACCGUGCUUUUUUCACACCCAGAGCGUGUCCUGCAAUCAACUGGAAGCGAGUCCCUGGUCCCUCGUGAAUGAGCCCAUGUUUAUUGGUAUCGUUACCCUCACGCUCCUCGUGUCCCUGGGUCUCUUGAUGUGGACAGUGAUUCAAUGCUCGAAGAAAAAACCAGAGACACCCAUUCAGCAGCCCAUCAAGAAACCACCUCGCUCACUCACGGAGGACGAUUUGGAACACAUCUCACGCCUGCCCUCACAAGAGAUAGUGCUCGUUUAUUUCCCUGAUACGAAACGAUUCAAGGAGCUGAAUCGCAAGUUCAGGAACUGGCUGGUGACGCUCGACGUGAACGAUGUCAAGGAUAUCUAUGACGAGAAGUGCUCGGAAGAGGUCUUGAAGGACCCCGAGAGUUGGGUAAGAAAAACCCUGGGUGGACCCGAGAAACGCAUCAUCCUGGUCUGCAGUCGGCUGGCCUACGAAUGUCUCAUCACCGUCAAGAAGGGCGUCGCCAGCCCCAAGUUCACCGAAUCCGACCCACACUUUGGUCUGCUCACCCGAUCCAUCCAAUAUCUGGACCGCGAGAUGAAGGGCAACUACCGCAAUCUGAUCUGUGUCCGCUACGAGGACCUCAAGAUCUGCAACCGGCAAUACAGCUCCGAGGCGUUCAACAUCGUCCCCGGGACGGAGUACGUUUUACCUCAACACUUGGAGGACGUGUACAGAUGGAUCCAUCCGAGGGACCCCAAACCCGAGAGCUGGUCCGAGACCCGCUAUGAGGUCCAGGAGCUCCUCCUCUACAUGAAGAAGUACCGACAUCACGAUGAUAACAUGUUUACAGUCACGUUCUCGGCCAAUGGGACAGCAGCUCACUCUCCGAGUGACGAGAGUGCGGACUUGACGUGAGAUGGAACGCACAGCCGGUUUCUGAUCCCAAGACAGUAUCCAUGUACAAAAAGGACUUCAAUCCAUCCAUUAUUGAGUGUUCUCCUGAUCGGUUUUUUUUCCUCGUCUUCCUCUCCUUCUACUCCUUCCUUCUCUCUGUCGCUCCUCUUUCUCUGUCUGUCACUUGUUCUGUGUCUCUUCUGGCUGCAAUUGCCGAGAAACUUUCCGGAUCCUGCUCGAUUGAAAGUACUCCUCCACGCACUUACAAAAAUUAGCUCGCCAACAUUCCAAACUAGUUUGGGUCUGAGCGAGCCAUUGUCUCAUUUGCUCCAUUCCCGUAGCUUGGGAUUGGACGAGACAUGCAGGUCUUGUCUCCGGGAUCCCAAGUGGUUGUGGCACUCAAAAGCAGCAAAGGCUCCUUGUGCCAAAAAGACUCCCUCCCUAUUCUCGUUUUGCUGCAUCUCCAAAGUCAUGAUAAUCUCAAACUCCUCCGACACUUUCAACAAAAAAAAGACGAAACUACCUAGAUGGCUCUCAAGUCAGAUCGAACUCGAGUCCCAACGUAGUAGAGCAUUGACUCUCAAUAAGAUAUUGUACACAAGUUUGUUUUUUCAAAUGAUUGUCAAUCCACCUUUGUCCCGUAGCUUUUUCGUCUUUUUUCGUCUUGACCUUCACCCGCUCUUUGCCAUUGAUUCGUCUUGUUAUUCAUUCAGCGCCUACCCACUCAUACUCUUUUUUGGUUUUCCUCACUUUUCCCGGGCCUGGUUUGGCCUGCUGGAAAGCAAAACAACACGACAUGUUCCAUCUGGAAAAAUCAUCAGUCAUCCUCCCAACCUAGUGCUGUGUCCCGAUUCUUGAAUGUAAAAAUGUUCAGUUAAAAUCCUAGGGUUGUAGGCCAAUUCUCCGUCGAAAUACUCGACCACUCCUUCAAACUCAAUCUUGUACUCAUACCGUGUCAGUUGAAGAACAAGUCUAGUCAUCAAUGUCAGUGUCCAAUGCUAGUCUAAUCCAUAUGAAUAGUUUAAAUCCAUCGGAAAUACAAUACAAGGCUAACACAUACCUCUCUCUCUUGGCCACUCAUACAUAUCAUCAUUCUGAGUUGGACGUUCGAAUCAUUUCGUUUCUUUUUCCUUUUUCCAGA